GCACUCUACUCUUCAUCUUCUUCUCUCUCUGCAAGCUUACUUUGUCUCAUUCUCCAUCUAAUCCCGCCCACCAUCAUUACCAUCUUUGAAUCCUCUCUCUCUCUCUCUCUCUCUCUCUCUCUCUCCCACGCCCAACUUUAUUCACACCCAUUUCAUUUCUCUCCCGGUAAAAUUCCAGCUGUUUUACGGUACUCGCGCUUGAAGCUUCAAUGCUUGCUUGGUAUGCCCCUCCAGAUCUGCGCCCGUAAUGGACCCAGCUUUUCGUUUUCUUGAUUCCUGAUUCUGCGCGAGUUUUAGCGACAAGGAUGCCGGCAUAGGGUUGCCAGUAAACCCUUUCUUUUUCUUUUCUUCUGGUUCUUUUCUUGGAAGCAUUUUGUGUGAUCGCAUUGCUUAGAUUUCGCUGGAUGGGAUCUGGCACUAGCAAGGCGUCUUCAAGCCGCUCCCGAAGGGAUCGAUCCAAAGGGAAAGGUAGGGUUUUCCAGUCAGCCUGCCUCGGGGCUCCCUCUGGAUCUCGCGACAAAGACGAUGGGGAUCAGGUUUUUGAACAGCAAGACAAAGAUGAUGAGGACGACUUCGGUUCCUGUGCAAACCGGAAUGGAACUGUGAGGGAUGAGGUUAAGGUUGAAUGUCACAGAAAAGCUGAAGUUGAUUCCUUGGCUGAUAUGUCUCGUAUGUCUUCUGAUAUCGAGUUUCAAGAAUGGAACCAACCUAGUGUGACCGGCCCUGUUGGUAGAGCUGGAAGCAGCUCUAUCCGAGCUUCUUCAACUCAGUCCUUGAACCCCACCAAUCGCUUCCUUUCUCGCUUUAGUUUUAUUCCUGGUAACGUGAGCUUCAGGCUAAGCAGAGCAAUCAGCUUACGAUCUUCAAGGGAUUAUAAUAUAUCUCCAACAAAUCUCACAGUAGAGGACAAUGACGCAGACUUUCAUUUGCCCGGAUCACCUCCCAGUGGGUUGGUGAAUCUGAAUGGAUCUCAACAAGGGAAUGAAGAAAGUGGACUUCCUGAAAGACGAGCCGGAGCUCGCGAACCUGUUGAAAGGAAUGUCCGUUUCAGCAGAACCCUUAGUGUGGGAAGGCUUCGUGAUAGAGUUCUCCGUCGAUCAUCAUUACCUGACUUAUCAUUUGGCGCAGUGCAGCUAGAAGAGGUGAGAAAUGAUGCUGAAGGUAAUGAAAGACAGGUCUUGAGUGUUGAGACGGCAGAUUUAGCCCCUGCUGAUAAUUCAGUACCAUCUGCAUCGACAUCUGGCUACUCUCCUUCUGAUCUGUCUAGCACCUUAUUUAACAACCAAGAUCAUGACAUUGAGGCAACGCAGUCAAGGGAGGCUAGAUACCGUGAUUUGUUAGAACAUAGAACAGAUUUCCUUGAACGCAGGAGGCGAAUACGUUCCCAGGUUCGCGCUCUCCAGAGACUAGGAAGCCGUUUUGAGAACCUAUCUGGCCAUGAGAGAUCUUGCAUUCUAUCUGGUCAGCAUAGGACAGGUCGCUGCAUGUGUCGUAGAAGUAUUCGUGAUGCCACUUCAAAUGAUGAUGCCAAUGCUAGGGCUAGCAUAUCACGAAUUGUAAUGCUGGCUGAAGCUUUAUUCGAGGUUCUGGAUGAAAUUCACCAGCAAUCUGUUGUUUUAUCAUCCCGACCUUCUGUAUCUUCAAUUGGAUCUGUUCCUGCGCCAAAUGAAGUUGUGGACUGUUUGCCAAUCAGAUUGUACACAAAGUUGCCAAAGAAUCAGGAUGAGGAGGCCGCACAAUGUUACAUAUGCCUUGUCGAGUAUGAGGAUGGCGACAGUAUGCGAAUACUUCCAUGCAACCACGAGUUUCACAGGACAUGCGUAGACAAAUGGCUUAAGGAGAUUCACAGGGUAUGUCCGCUUUGUCGUGGGGAUAUAUGCCGGUCUGAUUCAUUUUCUGCUGAGGAUGAAGCAAAUCAGUUAGCUAUCUGAUUAUUGAAGAUUACAGCCUUUACUGUGCUUGAUGGUGAAAGGCCAUGCCUACUCCAAGGAUUGACAGUAAAGCACAACUCGUCGUUAAGUUCAGUGCUUCUCCACCAAUAUGCAGUUGGUUUGUGACUUAUCGAGAAAUCCAUUAUUGGUAGGAGUGGACUGAACUGCUUGCAAUCUGCAAAUCUCGUUUUGGGGAGAUAAAGAGAGAGGGUUUUCCUCUUGUGUACUUGCUUGCUACAUCAUUCCCUCAAUGAAGAUGCUGGCUUUUUGGGUUGUCGAAA